CUUGCAUGCGCUGCCGUCCUCUUCGUGCUAAUUUGUUUUUGUUUUUUUAGAAGCAAACUGCUUCACAAAUUUUUUUAUUGGCAGUUUCAAUUAAUAAAUAUACUAUGACUUAUUGGUAUUUUUUAAAUUAACAUUAAACUAGAAUUAUAAUUGCUGACUUGUGAGAAAUGGACGCUUUCAAAUAAAAUUGUUUUAUUCGGUUGUUCAUGGGAACCUCCGGAUGAUGCUCAUUAUUUAAUGAGUGAAGGGAUGAUUUAUUAUAUAUAUAGCUGUGAAGUCAGACCGCAAAAAAUGAUCUUUGUGGAAACGUGUAUUUUAUAUUUAUGAUUUUUGCAAUCGGUGACACCGGUUUCACUGACUUAACUGAUGUAGUCACUUUCACAGAUACAAAAUUUUCAGUAUGGGGUUUGCAACUGACCUUCAAGGUAAAACUUCACAUGAGGCUCUGAUGUCUCUUCAAGAUGCAGAAUUGCGGCUUCUUGAAAAUAUGAAACGAUGCAUGUCUCUACGAAUAAAAUGCGAUCGAGAAUAUGCAAUUGCUCUGAACUCUGUUUGUAUCCAGACUUUGAAAAUUGACCAAAGUGAAUUAAAGGGAAGCAUGGUUGCUCGAGCUUGGAGUGUUGUUGCUGAAGAAACUGAAGCAAUGAGUCGACUAGUGAAGCAGAAUGCUGAUUAUCUGGCUUCUCAUACAAUUGAUGAAAUGAAUGCUUUAAUUUCAGAAAAGAGAGCAUUGCGCAAACUCUAUAUUGAUGAGCAUAAUCGUAUCCAUGGCGAAUUAUUGCGACUUCAAGAUGCAGUAAAUAAAACUAGAAAUCUGUAUGAAAAAUCCUUAGAAUUAUGGAGAGUAUCUAAAGCCAAGUAUGAAGAUCAAUAUAUAAAAGGUAAAGGAGGUAAAAAACUGGAUGAAGCUAAAGAUCGUUAUAUUAAAAUCACAAAUAAACUUCACAAAUUGCACAAUGAUUAUGUCAUUCUUGUGCAUGAAGGCAAAGAAUAUGAGAAACAUUUGCGUAAUACACUUCUGCCAUCCCUGCUAGAGUACCAUCAAACAGUACUUCAAGAAACUGUUGAUAGAUGGAAAGCUUUGAUGUUACAAUUUAAUACAUACACUGACUUCUCAAAUGAUACAUUUCGAUCCUUAAAUAUUAAAAUGAGAAAGAGUAUUGAAUCUGUUGCUGGUGAAGAUGAAUACAAAGAUUUUACAGACAAACAUAGAUCACAUCCCCCUCAGCCUGUUGAUUUUAAGUUUGAUGCAAGUCUUCUACAUGACUACAGUGGCGUUUUAAAACCUAAUCAAUUGGCAUUAGAUGAUAUGACGUAUGAUGCACUGAAAGAAAAGUUGCAAAAUUUGAAAGACAAGCUAACAGAAUGUCAAACUUUAAUUAAGGAAAAAGAAUUAGAAAUUGGUCAGUGUGAAAAUGAAAUGAAAUCAGUCCGUAAAACUUCAGAGACAGAAAACAUGUUGUCUGGGAAACGCCGAGCUGUUGGUAUUCUACGUAAAGAACUAAAUGAAAUAAUAUGUCAAGAACAGCGACAUCAACAACUUUACAAUUUGAUAUCAAGUUGGGUAAAUAAUGUCGAACCAAAAAAUCUUCCUCCAGGAAUUGAGUUUACAGACAUUGUAUCGACUGAAACAAAAGAUGAAGAUACUUCAAGCCUGAAUGCGAUAGGUAGAAGAUCUGCUCGUAUCAUCAUGUCAAAACUUCGCCAACCAUUUCAUGCCUUUCAGAAAAAGACAAAUAGCUCUUUUGAUGAAUCUUUUACUACACAAGGAGGCAGCAGAAGUUAUUCCCUCACAAGUCCUGGGCAUGAUAAUGUUAUUCUAAAUCCUUCAUAUACCAGCCUCCAAGAUGAAGACUGGUUUCAUGGUGUUCUUCCGCGUGAGGAAGUGGUACGUCUUCUUGUAAAUGAAGGAGACUAUCUUGUUCGUGAGACUUAUCGCAAUGACAGUAAACAAAUUGUUCUUUCAGUUUGCUGGGAAGGACAUAAGCAUUUCAUCAUUCAGACAACUGCUGAUGGAAAAUUCCGAUUUGAAGGUCCAGCUUUUCCAUCUGUUCAAGAAUUGAUACUUUACCAAUUCCAUUCUGGACAACCUAUUACUAGUCGUUCAGGUGCAAUUUUGAAAACGCCAGUUUUGAGAGAGCGAUGGGAACUUAAUAAUGAUGAUGUUGAACUUGUUGAAAAAAUUGGUCGUGGUAAUUUUGGAGAUGUUUACCGAGCAGUUUUACGAGCUACUGGUGUUGAAGUUGCUGUUAAGACAUGCCGCAUGAACCUUCCUGAUGAGCAGAAGAAAAGGUUUUUACAAGAAGGUCGCAUUUUAAAGCAGUAUGAUCAUCCAAAUAUUGUUAAGCUGAUUGGGAUAUGUGUUCAGAAACAACCAAUCAUGAUCGUAAUGGAGCUUGUACCUGGUGGCUCCCUUCUGAAUUUCCUUAGAAAUCAUAAACAUUCUUUGUUGAUAACUGAUCUAUUGACCAUGUGCUUAGAGGCUGCACGUGGUAUGGAAUAUUUAGAAAACAAGAACUGCAUACAUAGAGAUUUAGCGGCACGAAAUUGUUUGGUUGGUUUAAAAAACGUUGUGAAAAUUUCUGAUUUUGGAAUGUCCAGAGAAGAAGAAGAAUAUACUGUAUCAGAUGGAAUGAAACAAAUACCCAUCAAAUGGACAGCACCAGAAGCAUUAAAUUAUGGGAGAUACACUAGUAUGUGUGAUGUUUGGAGCUAUGGUGUUCUUAUGUGGGAAAUUUUUUCGUUAGGCAGCACUCCCUAUGCUGGAUGGUCAAACAGCAAAGCCAGGGAGAUGAUUGACUCAGGAUACAGACUAGAGUCGCCACCUAACACUCCAGAAUAUAUUUAUGAAUUAAUGAUCAGAACAUGGGAUUAUAAUCCUGAUAGAAGACCACAUUUUUCAGAAAUCAGACAAACAUUGGAGAACAUUGCAGCAAGUUUUAUUUAAAUUGCCAUGAGACUUUAUUUACUAAAAUAUACCACUAAACCAUCAUUCAUCAAGUUACCUUAAUCUUUUUGACCGAAAAAGUGCCAUUAAAUGUCUUCCAAUAUUAUGUGGUUGUGAUUUAGCAUGCCAGUAUUAUUGUUAUUUUUUUUAUUUCAUGUUGGUCUUUCUUAUUUUUUUGUUUGAAAAUAUUCAACAGCAAUUAAAUUUUUAUAAAUUUCUUCAAACUUAUGCAUUUUUAAUGAUCUCUUGUGAAUGAUAUUUUAUUCUACAUGAUUUUACUGCUGUACUAAUAGUGUACAUUUUAAACCGAUGAACAAAUUUUAUUUUUAGUUACUUAGUUUUAGUCCCUCUAAAGUUAGAAAUAUUCCUUCAAAUUCAUUUUGGCUCCUUAUUAAAAGGUUAUGUGUUAUAAAUCACAAAAUAGCUGUAAUUAAUUGUGUUCAUUGUUGAUUUUUCAAAGGUUUCAAACCGUAUUGAAGCUUUUAAAAUCACUCUUAAUUACAAUUUAUUAAAUAUUUCCUUGCUUAAUUUGAUACUGAUUAUUAUGCAAUUUUGGCUAUAAUUUUUAUUAGUUGGUUUCCCUUGUGUUAAAUUUUUACAGGUGCAUUUUUUUUUUUUUUAUUUCAAGUCGUCUUUUUUUAUAGUCAUUUUUUAAGCUAUAUUAAAUUCAUUUUUGUAUAAAUGAAUAUUAUCUAAGUUUAUCUGUUGAAAUGUGAGUGUGGUUGUGAUUUUCAUUUAUAAUUGCACAUUCAUUCACAUAAUAAUCUUUCAUAUAUUGGUAUUGAAAGAAUUAUUGAGCUAUUUUCAGACUAUUUGGCUGUGUGAUAUGUUUUAGUCAUAAAUUAUUUAUAAUAAACAAUAGUUUGAAGAAAGUUUCUUUUUAAAUUGUGAUGGAUAUCCGUUAAUUUCGGUUAUCACAGUUAUAUGAUGGGUUCUUCACUAAAUACUCUACUGGUAAACCUAUCAAAUUUUGAGGUGCUCUAAUUUAUCAGCGUUUUAUUUUUUUCUUUACAAUUGCCAUAAAAGGCUGAUUUUUGAAUAAGGAAACUUUUUGCUCAAUUUGUUAUAAAGAUCAUUGCUUGAGAGAAAGACUGCAUUUUAAUUUCGUAUACUUAUUUUUAACUACUUAAAGCAAGUUAAAAAUAGAUUAAAUAAUUUCUGAUGCUGUUGUAAUGUUAAGAAAAAACUACCUAGUUUAAAUAUUAUAAGUAGAAUUGCAUGCCAUUUAUUCUUACAUUCAUUACAUUUGUGACCUUUCGUUAGCGUUCUAACAAAGUGGCACAAAUUGUUUUUAAAUGCUUAAUGCUAAAGAAUUUGUCAAUGGCAGCAGUUUUAUUGAAGUAUUGUAGUUGCUUUAAUAAUAAUUUUGUUUUCAGUUUUUGGGAUGAUAUCUCAUAUAACUGUACCAAAAAAAUGUGAAUUCUCAUUAUUGGUCUUCGUCUUUAUUUAUGUUUUAUUGCAUUUUCUUACAUUUGUUGGUAUUUGAUGUUUUAGUUUUUAACCAAAAUUGUAAAGCAUUAUUGUUUUUCUUGUUAUGCUUAAGUUUCGUGUUCUAGAGUGCCAAGUUAAUCUCUCUCUCUCUCUCUCUCUCUCUCUCUUUUUUUUUUUUUUUUUUUUAAGUUUUCUUGAAAUGGUGCCUUUUUUCCUUUUACGAUCGUAUUCAGAAUUAACGUUGAAUCUCAUCUGUUGUGUCAAAUUUUUAUCUCCGUAAAUUUUGUUUCUGUGAAAAAGUUUUUUUUAAACAUGAUCAUCUUAAAAAUUUUUUAUGUAUAAAAAUGUAAACAUAUUAUGUUUAUUAAAUGCUACUUUGUGCCAUUAUGUCCCCCCUCUCCACUUUUUUUCUUAUGAAAUAUGUUUGGAUAAUAGCAUGGAAAAUAUGCAUGUUAUAUUGCUUUAUGAACAAAAUAUGUUGCUGGAUUUAAUUUUUACAUAUGUUCUCAUAAUGUAAAUUGUGAUAUUGUAUUUAUUAUUUAUAUCAUCUGGUAAAUCAAAUUAUUUUGGUAGUUUCCAUCUGUACUUUCUGUUCUCAGAUUUAGUUAGCUAUCUAUGUAAUUAUAAAAAAAAUUGUAAAAUUGAAGGGAUUCUUUAAAAAAAUAAUAGAUUUAGAAAAUUAUGUUUGGCUGUAUUUUUGUACAUAUGAGUCAUCUACUUAUUUCAAAUAUUUUGGAACAAAUGAAAUGCAUUUUGGCAGAGCUUAAAUUAUAUGUAUUCUCUUUUUAUUAUUUCCAUUAGCUCUAAUUAUUUCGCUUAAAGCAAAGUAAUCAUAUCAUAUUUUGCCCUUUAGGUUUGUAUGUUGAUUAACAGCUAUGUAUUUGUUUUAUCCUGUAAAUACAUUAUAUUUAUUAAAUGAGCAGCAAUCAAGAUUUUAGCUAUAGAAAGAAUUUGUUAUGGUAACAGCUUUUUAUAUUUCGAUCAGAUUACUUAACUUGGUAUUAAUUGGUACAUAAUUUUAUUAUUAUGUAAAAAGUGUAUACUUAAAACUCAUUUUUUUACGGAAAGAAUAUUAUUUAUUCAGGUUAUUAUUAACUUCUUACUAAAAAUCAAACAAAAUUUAGAUAAAUUUUAUUUUCCCUUGAGGUUUUCAGAUGAACUGAUUUUUUAAUAUUUUUAAUGAAUUGUGUUUCGUUAUGGCAAAUUUGUGUGUGAUUUAUUGAAUGGUGAGAUUGUUGAGUGAUUUGGAUUUUAAAGAAUACUCUUAUUCACAUUUCAUAAAAUUACAAAUAAUAUUGCUGUAGGGAGAACUGUUACAUGAUGUCCCAUUUCACAAUUUGUUUUUGGUGAAUUCAAAAAUCAUUUUUAAAUAUUCCCUUUGCUUUCAUUAAUAUCCAUUAUCUUUUAUUUUUUGGGUAGUUUGUUUAUUUUGCGUGAUCUCGAUGUCAAGUUUCUAAGGAUUGAAACUUUUUAGUGCCAAAUAUAUAUGCUUUAUUUUUGUAAAUCCAUGCAAAUUUAUUGGGGAUUUGCUCUGUAGUUGUUGAUUAUAUCAAAUUGUUUUCUUAUACACUAUUCUGGAAUAAAAAUUGUUGU